UUCUUAAUUCACCUCUACCUCUGAUUUCUUUUGCAUACAUUGUAACAGAAGACUGCCUGUUCUGUGUUCAAGCAAAAUUACACUCACUUCCUCUCGCUCAGAAACCCUAAUAGCCUGUUCUGGUGAUUUAUCGUCGAUCUGUCUAGCAGGUUGUUGAAAACAUGGCGAAGCAUCAUCCUGAUUUGAUUAUGUGUCGAAAGCAGCCAGGGAUUGCCAUUGGACGACUGUGUGAGAAAUGUGAUGGCAAGUGUGUGAUCUGUGAUUCUUACGUGCGUCCUUGUACACUAGUCCGCGUUUGUGAUGAAUGCAACUAUGGGUCGUUUCAGGGUCGAUGUGUCAUAUGCGGAGGAGUAGGAAUAUCUGAUGCCUACUACUGCAAGGAAUGCACGCAACAGGAGAAAGAUAGAGAUGGUUGCCCCAAAAUUGUUAAUUUAGGGAGUGCCAAAACUGAUUUAUUUUAUGAACGCAAAAAGUAUGGUUUUAAGAAGAGAUGAUAAUGGUAGUUUACUUAGAUGCUUGUAUCUCUUAAAACUUUUUGUACGUGUCUUGUUCGGAUAUAAGAAUUAGAGGAUGUGACCUUGAGUUUGUAAACUUUUAUAUCUUAAGAUGCUUGUUUAGAUUGCUGCUGAUAAAAGAAUUAUGAUCAUCCACUUGAACUACCACAAGAUCAUUGUUUGUAUUUUACUUCAAACAAAUGGUCUGAUGAAGUGUUUACAUUGAUAUCCGGUUAGAAUUCGUGCU